AAAAUUUAAAUUUAAUGCUCGCUGAUAAAUAUGUAAUUAGGAUUAUGGUAUUGGUUUCAGUGGUCAUGGUAAGCAUGUAGUGUAGGAACAGCUAAAUUUGGAAAAUGAUUUAAACUAUGCCUAGAGAUGAUGAUAACUACAAUUCUGUUAGAUAUAGAUCAGAUUUACAUGAUGAUGAUUUUAAAGACAAAAGAAUGAGAAGAGGAUCCUCAUCAGCUUCAUAUUCCAGUGGAGGCAGUUCAAUGGGAAGGGAUAGGUUUAAUAAACAACAAGGUAGACCUAAUAAAAAUGCGUUAUCAAGGUCACAUUCUAAAUCUGGCUCAGAAGCUUCUAGAUCUACCAUAUCACCUCAGAUCAGAGGAGAAAGGCGGAGGAGUAGAAGCUACCAAUAUGGGGGAAGAAGAGAAAGAAGUCGUGACUUGGAGGAUGAACGGGUUAAUGGUAUAAGGCUCCAUGUUUCAGACUUAACUGCAGAUUGUUCUAAAAGGGAAUUAGAAGAUGUAUUUGGAAAAUGUGGAACUCUGAGAGAAGUUUGGGUUGCUAGAAAUCCACCAUGUUUUGCCUUUGUUGUUUUCAAGAAAAAGGAAGAAGCAGACAGAGCCAUAAGGAAAUUAGAUAAUACGUAUAUAGCUGGCAAUAAAAUUAGAGUAACAAUUGCUAGACCAAGGACUAGAGGCACUAAAAGAGGCAGCAUGUUUGAUCCUAAUAUGAGAUGUUAUACAUGUGGGCAAAGAGGGCAUUUUUCAAGGGAAUGUUCUAAAGUAUACAAAAGAUCCUUUAAUCGCAAUAGUUAUUCCCGUUCCCAGUCAAGGGGCAAUUCUUAUCGAGAUAAAUAUAGCAGAAAUUCUUCUCAUAGACAUAGAGACGACAGGAGUGGAAGUGAUAGAGAGAGAAUGAGACGGGAUAGACGUAGGGAUACUGAAACCGAACGUUCAAGAGAGGGAAGGAAGACACAUGAAAAUUCAGGGAGAAAAAGAAGUAUCAGCCAUAGUUCUGGGUCCAGUAGAAGCAGCCAUGCAAGUCCAAUUGUGAGAAAGAGGGAUGAAAAAGUGGUGGUCACGAAAAAUCAAGAUAAAGGAAACACAAAGAUCCAGGAAAAUAAAACUGAUGACACUUUGAAAACUACCAAAAAGGUGGAAAUAGAAUCAAAAGAUGGGGUCAGUUUGGAUCUGAAGGAGAUACACAUUAAUGGUGAGGAUAAAAAAGUGGUGGAUAUUGUAAGUGAAAGAUUGAAAGAAAGUACUGUAACUACAAUUAGCAAGGAAAAUAUAACUGGAGAAGUAGGUGAAUUAAAUAGAGGUUCCCCCAAUGGCACAGAAGAUUCUCAGUUAUCCCCUACUAAUGAAAUUAUUACUACAACGAGGGAACAACAUUUGGAGUCAGUUAUGGUGCAUGCCAAUGAGGAUUUAAAUCAGGAAGAUACAAGUUUUUCCAAUUCUCCCCUGGAUGAUAAUUUGGGAAAAAAUGAAAUUCUAGAGAAUGCAAGUCAAAAAAUUAUUUCUGAUGUGGAAGAUGACAUAGAAGCUCAUAAUAUAGAUUAAUCGGGGUUUUGGCAGAUUCCAUUUAUUAUAAUUAAAUAUAUAUAACCCAAAUAUAUUGUAUAAAUAUUGUCUUAGUGUCUAAAUUAGUAGAAAGCACUGGUCAUUUAAAUUGUACAUGAUAUUUGUAUAAUAUAAUUUGA